GUACUUCAUAUGUAGAGGAUUUUAGCAGGAAAAAUCUCUCGCGAGUCGCAGCGCAAGCAUAGCUACUCUCCUUACUUCACACUGGUGUGAUUUUCGCCGCCGCUUGAGUUCUGGAGUCGCAAACCCUAGUUCAAUUAGCGCUGAGUUGCGCACUACAAGUGUUCAAGAGAUAGGACAGAUGAAUAAGAAAAAGAAUCCUCUUGUAUUUUUUGAUGUGUCAAUUGAUGGAGAUCCUGUUGAAAGAAUUGCUAUUGAGCUUUUUGCAGAUGUUGUUCCCAAGACUGCAGAUAAUUUCCGUGCUCUCUGUACAGGUGAGAAAGGCAAUGGAAAAACAACUGGGAAGCCUCUCCACUAUAAAGGAUCUUUUUUCCAUCGAAUUAUUCGAGGAUUCAUGGCCCAAGGUGGUGACUUUUCAAAAGGAAAUGGCACUGGUGGAGAAAGUAUUUAUGGGGGGAAGUUUGCAGAUGAGAAUUUUAUACUGAAGCAUGAUGAACCAGGUCUUCUCUCUAUGGCAAAUAGUGGUCCAAACACAAAUGGUUCCCAAUUCUUCAUAACUUUUAAACGUCAGCCCCAUCUUGAUGGGAAGCAUGUAGUUUUUGGAAAGGUCAUAAAAGGAAUGGAUGUCGUAAAGAAAAUUGAACAGGUGGGAACAGGUGAUGGUAAACCCAUCCACCCUGUAAAAAUUGUAGAUUGUGGUGAAACCUCUGAAAACAAAAUUCAGGGUGCUGUUGGAAAUGCAGGAAAGAAGAAGAAAGCAGGGAAGAUUCCUUCUUCUGAUGAUAGCUCUGAUGGGCAAACUAGAGGAAAACAAAAAAAAUCCCUGAAGGAUAGAAGAAAAAAAAGAAAAAAGAGAUACUUAUCAUCUGAUUCAUACAGCUCUGAUGAUGAUUCAGAUUCUGGUACUGAUUCAGAUUCAGAAUCAGUUUCAGAUUCGUCACUAUCUGAUUCUAGUUCAUCCAGUGAUGGAAGGCAUAUUAGGAAGAGGAAGUCAUUGAAAAGAGGUAAACACCAACAUGGGAGGAAACGAAGGGAUGGUCGGAGGGAGAGGAAGAGAGUCCGACAUAAUAGGCGAUCGAAGCGCAAGUCUAAAUGGAGUUCUGGCAGUUCUAGUGAUACUGAGAGUAGUACGAGUGGUAGUACUAGUAGCAGCUCUGAUGACAAAAAAGCUGAUCUUCAUGUUUCUGCUCGAAAAACCAAUAGCUCAACUCUUGCUGAAAAGAAAGUGGAGAAUCUUGAUGCAAGGAAAAAAUCCCCAGCUAGUCACUUGGGAAAAGAAGUUGUUGCAGGAAGGGAUCACAAGCCAAAGGCAACUGGGGAAAACCUGUCAAAUGAAGAAGGUGAAUUGCCUCCAAAGAAUGAUGGGCAUGCAAACAAUGGGAAUGGCAUAGAUCCGGAAUCUGAGAUGACUACUAAUCGCCGUACUUAUGCUGAUGACUCAAAUAAACCAAGGCAUGCAAUUCCAAGCCCCAAAAGAAGGCCAAACAACAGCCAUAGGAGUCGAAGUACAAGUCCCAAAAAAGCUCCCUCGAGUCCAAGAUUCAGGACCAACAGUAGGAGCCCUGCUAGGAAGUCUGGUGAGCCAAGCCAGGGAAGGCCUUCAAGGAGUCCAUUGGGCAACCUUGCCCGCAAAGCCCCUGAAUCUUCUAACUCUGACCAUAGGAAGGGUUUAUCAAGAAGCCAGUCUCCAAAUGGCACUCCCAAGCGCAUUAGGAAAGGACGUGGCUUCACAGAACGUUAUUCCUUUGCACGUCGUUACCGUACUCCUUCUCCAGAGAAAUCACCUCAGAGGUCCUACCGUUAUGGUGAAAGAAAUAUUAAUGAAAGAUACCGUGAUAGCUAUAGAAGUUACUCGGAGCGGUCAUCAAACAGGCGCUACAGAAGUCCACCAAGAGGCAGGAGCCCUUCCAGAUAUGGAAAUCGAAGGAGCCGAAGCAUAUCUCGUAGUCCCGGCAGUUAUCGUGGCCGUUAUAAGGAUCAAAGCCGGAGUCAGAGUCCAAUUCGCAGUCCCAGUCCCAGAGAGAAGCGACCUGCCAUAAGUGAGGGUCUGAAGUCUCGUCUGGGUGCUCGAAUUGAUGAUCAGCACGAUUUGGACAAAGGGAUGUCGAGGUCAAGGUCCAGUUCCAGGUCGAGGAGCCAUGGGGUAUCUCUUUCCAGAUCUCCUGAUGCUGUACCAACAAAACAUCGUAGGUCUAAAUCAAGCUCGCCUUCUGCGCAGAGGGGGUUGGUUUCAUAUGGGGACCUCAGUCCUGAUUCAGGAACAAAGUAGCUUACACGGUCCUUUCGCUUGUCGUCAGUACAGAAAGCUCAACCAUAUUCAAAUGAAAUUGGCCAGUGUUUUAAGACGAGCUUAUCCAUCUGAAAUGAUUCUUAAUUACAUUGCACUGUAGUUGAACGGCGAGGGCUGGUGUGUCGAUUUUCAUUAUGCAUUUACAGAUUCUAGUAUGCGAGUGGAGAACAGAGCUGAUGAAUGAAACUGAAGUGGUAUAUCUCUUUUAAGUUUCAUGUAUCUGCUGACGUAUCAUGCAUGCGGCAGCGGAAGAGAACGGGUUUUCUCUUUGGCUCUUAGAUGUUCCAGGGCCGAUGUGGAAAUGACUGGACUCGUGUGAACUUGAGGUGGUGUGAUAAUAGCACCGUCACAAAACUCAUUGAUUUUAAUUUUUAAAAUUUUUUUGAAAA